AGGGACUUUGAUGUGACGUCAUCGGACGGCGCAGGCCAGCCGCACUUUGGAGUUUGGAGAGAACCGUGAGCGCGGAGCAUGGCGGCCCCUGAAGCAGCUUUAACGUCGUUGGUAACGGGCCUUUACGACGUGCAGGCUUUCAAGUUUGGGAACUUUGUGCUGAAGAGCGGGCUCUCUUCCCCGGUCUACAUCGACUUGCGGGGAAUUGUGUCUCGACCGCGUCUUCUGAGUCAGGUUGCAGAAAUUUUAUUCCAAACUGCCCAAAAUGCAGGGAUCAAUUUUGAUACUGUGUGUGGAGUACCUUAUACAGCUUUACCAUUGGCUACCGUUAUUUGUUCAACCAAUCAAAUUCCAAUGCUUAUUAGAAGGAAAGAAACAAAGGAUUAUGGUACUAAACGUCUUGUAGAAGGGUGUAUUAAUCCUGGAGAAACCUGUCUAAUCAUUGAAGAUGUUGUUACCAGCGGAUCUAGUGUUUUGGAAACUGUUGAGGUUCUUCAGAAGGAGGGCUUGAAGGUCACUGAUGCCAUAGUGCUGCUGGACAGAGAGCAAGGAGGCAGGGACAGACUGCAGGCGCAUGGGAUUCGUCUUCACUCAGUGUGUACAUUGUCCAAAGUGCUGGAGAUUCUUGAGCAACAGGAAAAAGUUGAUGCUGAGAUGGUCGAGAGAGUGAAGAGAUUUAUUCAGGAGAAUGUUUUUGUGGUAACUAAUCAUAAUGGUUCUCUCCCUUCUGUAAAGAAAGCACCCAAGGAACUAAGCUUUGGUGCACGUGCAGAGCUGCCCGGGAUCCACCCAGUUGCAUCGAAGCUUCUCAGGCUUAUGCAGAAGAAGGAGACCAAUCUGUGUCUGUCUGCUGAUACUGCAGAGUCCAGUGAGCUGUUGCAGCUAGCAGAUGCUUUAGGACCUAGCAUCUGCAUGCUCAAGACUCACGUAGAUACUCUGAAUGAUUUUACUCUGGAUGUGAUGAAGGAGUUAACCACUCUGGCAAAAUGCCAUGAGUUCUUAAUAUUUGAAGACCGGAAAUUUGCAGAUAUAGGAAGCACAGUGAAAAAGCAGUAUGAAGGUGGUAUCUUUAAAAUAGCUUCCUGGGCAGAUCUAGUAAAUGCUCAUGUGGUGCCAGGCUCAGGAGUUGUGAAAGGCCUGCAAGAAGUUGGCUUGCCCCUGCAUCGGGCAUGCUUGCUCAUUGCAGAAAUGAGCUCUGCUGGCUCCUUGGCCACUGGGGACUACACUAAAGAAGCAGUGAGAAUGGCUGAAGAGCAUUCUGAAUUUGUGAUUGGCUUUAUUUCUGGCUCCCGAGUAAGCAUGAAACCUGAGUUUCUUCACUUGACUCCAGGAGUUCAGUUAGAAGCAGGAGGUGAUAAUCUCGGCCAGCAGUACAGAAGCCCACAGGAAGUUAUUGGCAAACAAGGUUCUGAUAUCAUCAUUGUGGGCCGGGGCAUAAUAACAUCACCGAAUCGUCUGGAAGCAGCUGAGAUGUACAGAAAAGCUGCUUGGGAAGCUUAUUUGAGUAGACUUGCUGUUUGAGUGUCUCCGACAUAUUUUUGUGAAGGCCUUGAAGAUACAUUGUCUCCUGAGAUGCUGCUGGCUUGAAAUAAUAAGCAACCUUUAAUACUGCUUGGAGUCUUCCACUGGGCCUGUCGGAAUGACUUCCGGAAUUACCACGGGCUAUGGGAUAUAGUGACCUGUAAUCACUGCACUGUCGCUAUGCUCAGUUCAUUUUCAGGCUGGCUUUUAUUGAGACUGAUGCUGGUGAGGCAAUCAGUCUAGCUUCCAUAUUUGAAGAUCCACUCAUCUCU